AUGUCUUAUCACUACAGGUGUUUCCAAUCAGAAUUGUCCUGUCACAACAGGAGUCUCCAGUCAGACGUCACCUACCACAUCAGGAGUCUCCGAUCAGGACUGCCCUAUCACAACAGGAGUCUCCAAUCAGGAGUGUCCUAUUACAACAGGAUUCUCCAAUCAGGGGCGACAUUCUACAUCAGGAGUGACCUACCACAACAGGAGUCUCAAAUCAGGAGUGACCUGCCACAACAGGAGUCUCCAAUCAGGUUUGACCUACCACAACAGGAGUCUCCAAUCAGGAGUGUCCUACCACUACACGAGUCUCAAAUCAGGAGUGACCUACCACACCAUGAGUCUCCAAUCAGGAGUGACCUACCACAACAUGAGUCUCCAAUCAUGGUUGACCUACCACAACAUGAGUCUCCAACCAGGGUUGACCUACCACAACAUGAGUCUCCAAUCAGGAGUGUCCUGUCACAACAGGAGUCUCCAAUCAGGGGCGACCUUCUACAUCAGGAGUCUCCAAUCAGGAGUGACCUGCUAAAACAGGAAUCUCCAAAAAUGGGUGACCUUCUACAACAGCAAUCUCCAAUCAGGAGUGUCCUAUCACAACAGGAGUCUCCAAUCAGGAGUCUCCAAUCAGGAUGA